AGAGAGAGAGAGAGGAGGUCGAGGCCGCGCCCCCUUUCCUCGGAUUGGCUGAGCGCCGACCCUCGUCUCUUGCCACGCGGCGCCGCAGUUGUCCUUUUUUGCCUCCAUCAGAGGAGCCACGUGGGCGGUAUCAGGUUCCCUUAAGCUCACUUUUCUGCAACUUGUGAAAUCAUGAGCGUGGGAUUCAUCGGUGCUGGCCAGCUGGCCUUCUCUCUGGCCAGGGGUUUUACUGCAGCAGGGAUCUUGGCUGCUCACAAAAUAACAGCAAGCUCACCAGACACAGAUCUCCCAACAGUAUCGGGGUUACGGAAAAUGGGUGUGAAUUUCACUAUAAGCAACAAGGAGACGGUUAAAAACAGUGACGUCCUGUUUCUGGCUGUGAAACCUCCCAUAAUUCCAUUCAUCCUGGAUGAGAUUGGCUCAGACAUAGAAGAUCGGCACAUUGUGGUCUCGUGUGCUGCUGGAGUCACUAUCAGCUCCAUCGAGAAGAAACUUUGUGCCUUCUGCCCCACCCCGAAAGUGAUCAGGUGCAUGACCAACACCCCGGUGAUUGUGCGGGAAGGGGCUACCGUGUAUGCCACGGGGACCCAUGCUGAAGUGGAGGACGGAAAGCUGUUGGAGCAGUUGAUGGCGAGUGUCGGCUUUUGCACUGAGGUGGAAGAAGAUUUGAUCGAUGCAGUCACUGGGCUCAGUGGCAGUGGGCCGGCUUACGCAUUCACAGCCUUGGAUGCUCUGGCAGAUGGAGGGGUGAAGAUGGGCCUUCCUCGCAGGCUAGCAGUCCGGUUGGGAGCCCAGGCCUUGCUGGGAGCUGCCAAGAUGCUGCUGGAAUCUGAGCAACACCCUGGACAGCUGAAGGACAACGUUUGCUCACCGGGGGGCGCCACCAUCUAUGCCCUGCACUUCCUGGAAAGCGGUGGCUUCCGCUCACUGCUCAUCAAUGCUGUGGAAGCGUCCUGCAUCAGAACAAGGGAGCUGCAGUCCAUCGCUGACCAGGAGAAGGUCUCCCCAGCUGCCAUUAAGAAGACCUUAAUGGAUAAAGUGAAACUUGAGUCUUCCUCUGCCAACAAGGUCAGCCUGUUCAACAACAAGAACCCUGGCAGCAAGAAGUACUGAAGAGGCCAGGCCUUGCCCGUCGCGCUUCUCUUUCUCUGUCGAGGGAACCUGUGGCGCCAGCCGGGGUGGGUGUGGGGAGGGGGGCCUAUCCUGAACUCGUGGCUGCAGGACAAAGGGGGUAAGUAAGAGCACCCACAUGCCAUGCUUAGAGUAGUGGGGAGGCCUGCAUUUCUGGGCGCUGAGCGGGAGGCUGUGUGACUAGCACUUUCUCUAGGAGUACAUCUUCUGAAAUCAGUCUGAUUGCUUCCUGUUUGUACAAUUACCUUUUAAUAUUUGUAUCCCGUGAUUGCUUUUUGUAGCCCCUUUCUUAUUUACUGUUCCAGCAAACCCGUGAGGUUGGUUUCACAUGAGCGACCAUAGCUGGUCCAGAGAGCUUUUACAGCCAUGCUGAGGUUGGAUCCCAGGUACUCCCAGGCUGCCUUCUUUGGCUUUUUGGUGGCGCAGAGGCUGGCGGCAAAACAGGGCCCUCGAGUUCCAGUAGCCCUCAUGCAUCCCAUUCUUACCAAAGAGUGGCUGCUUGCACUGGAUUUUGGAUUGUGGUACCAUGUUUUUUUCUAAUUCUCAUUGCAAAGUGUACUGCAUCUGUCUCUGCUUUGCUUGAACUUACCAUAUUGCAUCAGGCACUGCCAGUUUCCUGGACUAAACUGUAUCACCCACAAGACCGAAGAAAAUGCAUCUCAGGCUUUCCUUCUCUGCUUCCUUCCCUUACUCCAGAUGGACCUCCAUCUGGUAUGCUGUCAGCCUGCAAUUUCAGGUGCAUCUUCCUUUUGGCUGAAGUCAAGGGCCUGGGGCAGCUUGGUUCUAACAGGACCUGAGGAAGCUGCCUACUGCCAAGGCAGACCAUGAAUCCAUGUAACUCAGGACUGUCUGACUGACUGGCAGAGGCUCUCUCGAGUUUCCUAAUUAGAAAAGACAUGCUGGACCAGACCUGUGGUGCUGCCAGAAGCUCUUCCCUUGGACUCCAAAACUCGGCAGUCCUUUGAAAUGCGGUUUUUUAUUUUGAGACUCCACAGAAUGGUUUGACUCUAUAAACAGCCCUGCUCCUGGCCCUCCUCCUCCAUUUCAGCACCUGAUGGUGACUGCCCAUGCACAGCUGACAAAGAGUGAGAGACGGGCCCCCUCUCUACGGGUCCAUCCAGUCCAGCAUUUCAUCCCCACAGUAGCAAACCAGCUGCCCUCAGGACAGGUAGAACAACUCCCUUCUACCCAAACUCCCCAGCAACUGGUACGUCAAGAUCUGUCCCACCUCUUGGAUGUGCCAAGGCCUUAAUCUUGCUGCCUAGUGCACACUUCCAGCAGGCCACCUGAAAUUGGCAUGUGACUAUUUUUCAAAUCACAGUGAGGCAGAAAUGAAUGCAUAUUGGAGUUGACUUCUGUGGGCAUAUCUCAAAGGAUCAGUGUUAUGUCAGCAAUAACCAGGUACUAUGCUCUAUUAUUAUUUUAUAUAUUAUUACAUUUAUAUACCUCUUUUCUUCAUCUUGGAAAAAAACCAAGGAUGGCUUACAUAGUUUUACUGUCCUUUUAAUUCUCACAGCACCUCUGUGACGUAGGUUGGGCUAAGGCCUGGUUUGCACAUAGUAACAUCCCAGAGUACAGGUUGAUUGCCAGUCAUUGUGUUGCUAUGGAUUGUUGAAUCAUGGGUUAUUACAGGGUCAGGGUUAGGGAACAACCCCAUGUUUGCAACUCAGCAAGCCAUGGGUUCUCUUCCUUGGUUUGUUAACAAUCUGUAGUUUAAACAUAGUGCAGUGCUAGAAUAUAACAACCACCUGUGCUUUGGGUUCUUGUUACGCGUCAACCAGGCCCAUGAUUGGCCCAAAGUUGCCUAGUGGGCUUCAUCGCCAAGUGGGGGACCAGAACCAAGAUCUCCCGGGUACCAGUGCAAGACUCUAAUCAUUAAACCGUGCUGGCUAUCCUAUGAUGCAAGCAUGAGACACCUAUUACCUGGGUGGACGCUGCACCUGCCUCACUUUCACUUACACGUUUUCUCUAGUAUUCCCAUUUUAGAAAAGUGAGUUGAGACUGAAUGUUGCCUGAAGGCUGCACAAGGGGACAAGAAGUCCGGGGUCAUGGUCUAGAGGUAGACUUGACAGGGCUACUCCCUGCAUGCCCUCUUUGGGUGCUGCCUGCACUGAGCAGCCACAGUGGUCCAUAGUGCUUUUGAGCAGAGCAAACUGCUGCCUCUUCCCUGUGCGAAAGGAGGAAGCACUUUGUUUUGUCUAUGGAGCCGAGUGAUGCCUCCCCCGUCCCACUACAGAACUUUGUCUUUGGUUCUUGGAGACGGGCAACUGCUCUGGACUUCUCCAUUGCUCUGUGUCUUGCCAAGGAUCUGAAAAACUGCUGAAACUCCAUUCCACAUUGGCGAUUGCCUAUUUCCCACCGGCGCUUUCUGCCUUCACUCCUUUUUCUUGCACAGUGGGCCACUUUUUACUAGUUAUGCUUUUCUGGCUCAGGCAUACAAAGAAAACAUGAGCCUGAACAAAGCUUGGGCCUCCAAGCUGUCUCCUCCCCUCUUCUUUAUCUGCUACAGGAAGGCAAUCAGAAGCAUCCACUUCUGCUUUUCAGCAAGCCACAGUUCCCCAUUACACUCAAAUUCAGGAAAUUGUUUCAAUAACACUUUAGAGAGCACAAGCCAGGAUCACACCAUUUUUCUGUUGCAUCUGAAGGAGGCUGCUGGUUUUGCUGAGGGUGCUGCCUUGCACACACAGUGCUUUGAGGGUGUUGUCAUUGCACACAGACCAGAGAAAAAUAGGUCUUUGAUGUAGGCACAAGUACUCUGCUCUGAGGAGCUUCAUGUACUACCUCACAGUUGCUCUUUCAAAAUGAUGGUUAUUGCUGUCUAUAACUUGUUUACUUCAAAGUGAGUCGCAAAAUCUUCCCUUUCUCUCCUGCCCCUGAAAAAAGUCAUAUUGCAAACCAUCGAUCUUCCCAACUCUGUGGAUGACAAUGAUUGGAACAGGGGAUAUGGCUCCUGAUGGAGACAACAUGCCGUUGGCCAGAGUCACUGUUCUCAUGUUGGGUAACAGGUGUGGAAGAUCGGUUUUCCUUGAGCCUGGCAGUUUUGCAUUUGGCACAUAGUGAUGCCAAACAUGCAAGCUAUUCUGCAUAUAAUCCAGAUUAUCUCAUGCCUGUAGGGGUUAAAGCUUCUUGUAUGGUCCUCUCUGUUGGGCUGUGACUGCUGAGAACACAACUCAAAAUGCUGGAUAGUCAGUUGCUUUCCUACAGAUUUGCAUGUUUCCUAGUUGCUACUCAUUGGGAUGUUAAGGGGCAGUUUAUGUUCACUCCCUCUAAGACACAUUUUCCCCAUUUCUUUCUGGAGAAUAAAUUCUCUGUUUCUUAGCCUGAGA